CGGCCCGGAAGAGGGGAGGGGCGAUGACCCGGGAAAGGGUUGGCGCCGCGCGGGAUCGGCUCGCGCGCCUGAGGGGCGGUGCCGGGGGCGGGGCUUCGCCGCGAGGCCACCCCCGAGCCCCGGGCCUAGCCGCACGGGAGGCGACACACCCUCGCCCUACCCUGAGCCUGGCGCAGACCCUCGACCGCGACGGCGCGGUCCGCAGAACCGCGGACUUCCCUCCCCGGCAAAAAGCGGCGCUGAGGGCCUGUGGGACCCCCGCCCGGCCGCCCUACGUGCGUCAGCGCCUUCGGGGGUCGCGCGGGCUUGGUCCUUUCGGCUGUCUCGGCCUUUUUGUUUCCCCCUCGGGUCUCUCCACGCUGCACUUGACACCCUCAGGGCGGAAUGGCGAGUUCUAGACCCAGCUCUCUAGACCCGGGGCUUCAUGGGGGACACGGACUCGACGGGAAGGGAAACUUGGCAUUUAUGGACAGAUCCUCAUCCUUCUUGUUGUAGUCAAUUACACGCACGUUAACCGUGCAGCCGCCCUGCUGUAUUUUAGGCGGUUGUUGGCACUCCUAGAUGGGCCCUUCCCUGGCCCCUCACAGCAGGGCCUGCCUCCUGUGGACGCUUGUGUGCUGCCCUGGCACCGGCCACUGUGUUUUGCACAAAGGAGAGGCUCCAAAGAUGUUGGCCAAAGGAAUGAAGCCUUGAGAGUCCAGGCUUUCUAUUUCUGAGACACUCUACUCAAGGACUUCCUAGAUGCAAAGCUUCAUCUUUGAGCAAAUACAAAUAUGGAGAGGGAACAUUAACUUUCUGAAGAAAAGAAGGAACAUCUUUUUCAACCUUUUAUAUUGAGUUAGCACCAUGGUCUUAGUUUUGUGAAAGCACUUUAAUACAUCCAACUAGCGGGAGGAAUACAAGAUAUUCCUACCUUUUUAUUAUUAUUAUUAAAAGAGGGCUAAACCAUGUUGUAAAUUACUUAAGAACUGAAUGUUCAAGUUGUACAGUAUACUGGCCAGAUUCCUUACUGCCCACUAGGCUUGGGAGCAUGUUUUCAGCUCAGUUUUAUGAAUGUUUUAAAUUUUUAUUACUGAUCUUUGUUAUAGCCGAUUAGCAAUUCAAAAUGAUAAUUUUUAAGCAGUAAUAAAUAUACCAUCCCCCAAACAGUACAAUAAACUUUAUUUGUAAAAAAAAAAAAAAAA